CGCAGGCGCAGCUGCCAAUUGCAAGCAUGUGCGGGAGUAAGAAAUCCGUAGCCUACUUCGCCCACGACCGGGCGCACCGGCUGCUCCCCAUUGCCGGCGGCGACGACUUCACCUGCGGCGGGUGCCUGGUCGCUGGCGCCGGCCCGCGGUACCGGUGCGCCCACCCGGGCUGCAGCUUUACCGUCCACGAGGCGUGCGCGCGCCGCUCCCCGAGGACGCUCAGGUCCGCCGUGCACCCGCUGCACAGGCUGAGGCGGCGCGAGGCCGCGGGAGCCGACGGCAGCGGCGGCGGCGGCGGGUGCGAGGUGUGCGGCGAGGCCGUGGAGCGCGCGUGCUACGCCUGCGUCGCGUGCGGGGUCGCCGUGCACCCGCUGUGCGCGCGGAUGCCCGGGUCGGCGCGGGGCCCCGCGCACCCGGACGACGGCCACGAGGCGUGGCUGGUCCGAGUCGCGUCGCCGCCGGACGACGGCGAUGGCAAGCAGAAGCAGAAGCAGGCGGCGGGGUGCGGCUCGUGCGGCCGGGCCCUGGGCGCGUGGCGGUACCGCUGCGUGACGUGCGCCGCGGAGUUGCACCCCCGCUGCCUGGUGCCGGCGGUAGACCAGUGCCGCGGCGCCGGCGAGGGCGAGGCCGGGCGCGCGGGUUCCGCGGCCAGUAGCUGCUGCUUGGGGCUGGUGCACGACCUGACGCGCUGCUUGGCCACGCUGGGCACCGCCCUCCACUACCGUGGUUACUACAAUGGUUGACGUUGUAACGCGGGAAGCUUGGAAAUUAUGCGUGCAUAGCCAUAGCAUCGGCACUCUGGAGAUGGAUCUCCCAGCUCUGAAUAUGAUCGAGUGCAAAACAGUAGCAGUACUACCAACCUGUUCCUUGUUUGCUCACCCUUGCCAUGUCUGUCGUCCUUGUCCUGAUGAGUUAUCAUGAAAAAGCUCAAGAUGGCCACC